AUGCCUUCAUUUGAAACCCCCGUCCAAGAUCCCCCAGCGGGAACCGCCAUAUCGAAAAACCCUCCCACCAUUUUCACUCCGAUCACUAUCCGCGAUGUCACGUUUCAGAAUCGCAUCUGGGUAGCUCCUAUGUGCAUGUACAGUGCAAAUGAUGGACACCUGACUGAUUUCCAUCUUGUCCAUUACGGUGCCUUUGCUUUUCGCGGGGUUUCCUUGACUAUUGUCGAAGCCACCGCUGUCCGUCCCGAAGGUCGAAUCACUCCAGGUUGCACUGGACUUUGGCAAGAUUCUCAGAUACCUGGAUUUAAGCGUGUGGUAGAUUACGCGCAUAGUCAAAACCAGCUCAUAGGAAUUCAGUUGGCGCAUGCCGGACGGAAAGCUAGUACGUUACCUCCAUGGAAGUCACUUAGAGGGGGAAGUGCUGUUGCGGAAGAAAGUUCUAGAGGAUGGCCAAAGGGGGUUAAGGGUGUGAGUGCUAUAAAGUGGGGUGAAGGGUAUGCGGAGCCCAAUGAAAUGACGCUUGAGGAUAUUCAAGAUGUGAUCGAUGGAUUCCGCGACUCGGCUAAGAGAGCUGUAGAGGCAGGAUUUGAUGUCAUUGAAAUUCACUCUGCCCAUGGAUACCUAUUGCACUCUUCUUUGAGUCCGGUUUCGAACAAGAGAACGGAUCAUUACGGAGGAAGCUGGGAGAACCGCACCAGACUCUUGAUUGAGGUCAUUAAAGCUGUCAGAAGUGUCAUUCCGUCUGGCAUGCCUUUGUUGCUCAGAAUUAGUGCCACAGAAUGGUUGAAAGAUGAUGUUGAGACUUGGGACAUUCCAGACACUAUCAAAUUGGCAAAGUUACUUCCAGAACUUGGAGUUGAUUUACUCGACGUCAGUUCAGCAGGCAACUCUCCCGCCCAAAAGAUAGGAGCACAUACCGAUUAUCAGGUUUCCAUCGCAGGGCAAAUUCGUGCGGCAUUGUUCGAGGAAGGUAUCAAGGGCCUGAAGAUUGGUUGUGUGGGAAUGAUUACAGAAGCUCAAGCAGCAAAAUCACAUGUGCAGGAAGAGGAGGACACAGUGGAGGUUAAUGAUGAACAGGGGCAGAUUGCUAAGGCGGAUGUGGUUUUGGUUGCUAGACAGUUUUUGAGAGAUCCCGGAUGGGUUAUUAAAGUGGCUCUUGAGUUGGGCGUUGACGUUAGGUUGCCACUCCAGUUUUUGAGAGCGGGCUUCAUGAAGGGGACUACUUUCUAG